AUGGACAGGUAAAUUCAGUUAGUUUUUUUUCAGUAAAAAGUACCUUUUCAGAGAAACUUUGAUUGAACAUGAAGACAAUGCGCGUAAAAAUGGAGGAUUCUUCAGUCUCGCUUAUAAAUAUACAACUCGUUGGGAAAAAUUCAUUAUUUUUAUUGGAACCAUAUUUUCAAUAUUAACCGGUUUUGCAACUCCAUAUAUGAGUUAUUGUUUUGUGAGUUUGUAUUUCAAGAUAUAAUUGAUAAAAAUUUUACAUUUCAGGGAAUAAUAACAUAUUCCAUAGUAAAAAUAACAACUGCAUUGAACAAUAAUACUUUGAGUAAGUGAUUUAUAGAAUAAUCAACAUCUGAAACUAAUGUAAAAUUUUUUAGCUCCCGCAGAAAUUGAUGAAGAUUUUAAAAUAUUUCAAUCGGAUAUGAACUUCGUAUCUCUGAAUUUCUUCUUGUGCGGAAUAUGUUAUUUGGUAUUUGGCUCUUUCCAAGCUUCCACAUUUCAUUAUGUUGGUGAAAAAUUUAUUCAUCGAAUCAGAAAUGCUUAUAUCAAAAAAAUUCUGCACAAAGAUGCAGUGUUUUUUGAUAAAACAACAACUGGGGAAUUGUCAAGUGUUCUGAACGAGUAAUAUUUCUUAUCUUUAUAAUUAACAUUAACUAGAGUGUAUCAUUUUUUUUAUUUCAGCAAUUUGGAGCGUCUCCGAGAAACUGUUAACGAGAAAAAUGGUUUGAUUUUUCAAUUUGUUACUGAAUUCCUCCUUGGCUUUGCUCUACCAUUCUGGCUCAAUUGGAAAUUAUCAUGUUAUGGUAUUCUUUUUGCACUGGCUGUUGCAAUGUCAGGGUUUAUAAAUUCCGCGAGUAUGGCAAAGCUUACAACCAAACAAAGUUAUUUUUAUAACAAGGCUGGAUCAAUUGCCCUUCAAGCUUUGAGCCUUUUCAAAACUGUAAUAUCAUUAAAUGGACAAUCAAUAGAAUUACAAAAUUAUGAGAAAACUUUGAAGCUUGGUGAGAAAAAUGGUAAUAAACGAGCAUUUUAUUUUGGAUUAUCUCGGUCGACUCAAUACUUUUUUGUGAAUUUGUUGAACUUUGUAAUUAUGUAUAUUGGAACAACAUUGAUGUAUGAUGGAACUUGUGAUGCGCAAACUAUUAUGCAACUUUUUAACAAUAUGUUGUUUGGGUCAUUUGCUUUGGCAGAAGCUUUUCCUCAUAUUUCAUUAUUUAUUAGUUCUUUAUCAUCUGCAAAGCCAAUCAUUGAUUUAUUGUCAACUGUAAGUUUAUAAAACUAGGUUUUAGCAUGAUCAUCUUUGAAUGAAAAAUCAACAUUUUUUUCAGGAUGAUGAUGAAAUUGAGAACCGGGACAACCCCAAAAUCUCCAAUAUCAACGGAAAAAUUACGUUUGAAAAUGUCACAUUCUCUUAUCCAAGUCGUCCAGAAACCCAAGUUCUCAAAAACAUCAGCUUUGAUAUAAAUCCAGGAGAUUGCAUUGCAUUAGUUGGUGCAAGUGGGAGUGGAAAGAGUAGCAUUAUUCAACUUCUGCUUCAUUAUUAUGAUGUAAUUUCUGGAAAAAUCAAAUUGGAUGGUCAUUCUAUAGAAGAUAUCAAUUUGAAUCAAUUAAGAAAUAUAGUUGGUGUAGUUUCACAAGAACCAAUUUUGUUCAACACAACUAUUGAGGAAAAUUUACGUUUUGGAAAAGAAAAUGCGUCCUUGAAUGAGCUUUAUGACGCGCUCAAAUUAGCAAACGCUUAUGAGUUUGUGUCAAAACUUCCAAAUAAAUUGAAAACAAUUGUUGGCGAAAGAGGAUCGCAGUUGUCUGGAGGUCAAAAACAACGGAUUGCAAUUGCUAGAACACUUUUGAGAAAUCCCACAAUACUACUGUUAGAUGAAGCAACAAGUGCAUUAGAUAAUGAAAGUGAACACCUUGUUCAAAAAUCCCUUGACAAAGUGAGUAUAACAUAUUAAAAUAAUUUGUAAAAAUUCUUUCUAGGCAUCUGAAGGUCGAACAACAAUCGUUGUGGCUCAUCGACUUUCAACAAUACGAAAUGCUCAUAAAAUUAUUGUUAUGGAUAAAGGUGAAAUUGUAGAGGUUGGAGAUCACAAUUCAUUGAUGCAAAUUGGUGGUGUUUAUGCGAGUUUGACAGAAGCACAAUUGAUGGAAUCAAAUGAUCAAGAAGAUAAUCGAUUUGGAAGGCAGAUAUCUGAAAAACAAAAUGAGCAUAAUUUGAAUGAAGGAAUUGGCUGUGAAGAUCAGGAUACAGAUGAGAUGGAAAGACUGAACAAAGAAUUAGAAUCUGAAAAUAUCAGCAAAUCGAAUCUUUUUCAAAUCUUGCGGCAAUGUAAACCUGAUAUAUUCAUACUUAUUUUGGCGUUCAUUGUGAGCGCAGCACAAAGUAUUUGUUAUCCAGCAUUAGCACAACUUAUCGCAGAGGUUAACAACGCAUAUGCAAAACAGGGUGAUGAAUUAUUAUAUUACGGGCAUUUUUGGUCCCUUAUGUUUAUUCCACUUGGUACAUUCCGUGCAAUUACUUUAUUCUUGCAAUAUUAUUUGUUUGGAAAAGUAUCGGAGCAACUAUCAACACGUCUUCGCAUUAAAUCAUUUGCUCAUCUUAUGAAACAACCAUGUCAAUUUUUCGAUGAUCCGAAACAUUCUGCUCUCAAAUUAUCAAUUAGAUUGAACACCGACGCUUCAAAUGUAAAAGCUGCUGUUGAUCCAAGACUCGGAAGUUUGAUAAUGACUGUAUCUGCUAUUUUUAUUGCUAUUGCAUCUUCGGUUUGGAUCAAUUGGAAAAUGACUGUACAAAUGCUGAUGCUUUGCCCUUUUUUGUUCAUCGCUGAAUAUUUUUAUACAAAAUCACACGAGAAUUCGACAAAAGAGGAUUCAAUGUGCUUUGAGAAUAGUAACAAAACAACAGUUGAAGCCAUCGAGAAUAUUCGAACUGUAAGAUCUUUGAAUAUUGAGAAUAGAAUGAUUAAUAUAUCAAUUUCACAUGUUCAAAAAGUAAUAUCGCAAAAUCUGAAAAGAUCUAUAAUUCAAGGAUGUGCGUGUGGUUUAUCCUUUGCAACUUUUUGUUUUGUAUAUGCAAUCGCGUUAAAAUUCGGAGCAUGGUUAGCAAUACGACGCGAGAUAUAUCCAAUUGAUGUGUACCGAAUAAUUAUGUGUUUAGCGAUGACUGCUAAUACAGCUGGAAAUGCACUUAUCUAUGUACCGGAUUACAAAAAAGCAAUCCGGGCAGCUGCUUUGAUUUUUAAACUCUUCACAUAUCCCGCAACCAUGGAUUGGCAAAACACAACAAUAAGUGGUAAUAAUAUUGAAGUGGGGGAUAUUGAAGCAAAUGAUGUUUGUUUUAAUUACGGUGAAACAACUGUUCUUAAUGGCAUUAACUUCAAAGUAAGUGCGAUUUUUGAUGGUUGAAAAAUUGUGUUUGAUUUUUAGGUGACAAGUGGAAAAAGUUUGGCGCUAGUUGGAUCUUCAGGAUGUGGAAAAUCAACUAUUAUUUCAUUGUUAGAAAGAUUUUAUCACAUUUCAGAUGGUUCUUUGGUAAGUUUUGUAUACUUUUUGGAUUACUUUGAAUGGAACCAGAAAAACUAGAAAUGUUUUUUCUGAUGCUCAAUUCAAAAAAUUUCCGUAUUGUUAAUUCCAUACAACAUCAAACAAAAUGUUUUUCAUUCCGUCGUAAAAAAUUUGUUGAUAAAAAAGUGUUGGAAUAAUAUAGUUUACAACCUACUGAUAAGCCUUGAAACCAUAAUGAUUAAAAAACUUUUUCCGGAGUCCUUAAAGAGAAUAUUUCAUAAUUUCAGAAAAUCGAUAAGCAUGAAAUUGAAGACAUUGAAAUUCAAACUUUGCGAUCUAACAUUGCAAUUGUGUCGCAAGAACCGACACUUUUCAAUUUGACAAUUGAAGAAAAUUUAUUAUAUGGAUUGACAAGAGCCGUUCCCAAAAUUGAGAUAGAAAAUGCGUUGAAAACUGCCAAUGCUUAUGAUUUUUGUAUGAAUUUCCCGAUUGGUUUGGAGACUUUUGUUGGUGAACGGGGAGCGCAAUUAUCCGGAGGACAAAAACAAAGAAUUGCGAUUGCUAGAGCGAUUUUGAGAAAUCCGAAAAUUCUAUUGUUAGAUGAGGCGACGAGUGCGUUAGACAGUGAAAGUGAAAAGGUUGGUUGUACUUUUGGAAUGAAAUAAAAUGGGAGAGGAAUUGGUUUUUUAAUAACUAAUGAGUUUGCAGGUUGUUCAAGAAGCUUUAAAUAAUGCGAGUAGACAACUGACAACAAUUAUUGUGGCUCAUAGACUUUCGACAAUUGUGAAUUCUGAUUCAAUUGCUGUUCUAAAAGACGGAGUUAUUACGGAGCAAGGUAAAAAAUGAAUAUUUGGGAAUGAGUGUAUUUUUUUAUAUUUUUAAAAACACUAUAAAAUUCAGUUUACCGCCUUUACAAAAGAUAUCUUUCUGAAAACUUCCAAUCCUAAUUUUUGCAGGUACGCACUCGGAGUUAUUGAGGUUAAAUGGAAUCUACACUAAUCUAGUUCAAAAAUCGCAAAUUCUCUCCACCUCAUCGAAAUCUUGA